AAUCAUUCUAACUUCGAUAGUCUAUAUCUAAGCUUUUACCAUCAAAAACGUGCGGCAAUGUCAUACCAGCGGACAUCAGGCGAAGAAGCCGCUCCUUUUCUCGAUCACACCGAAGAUAAUGUUGAGAAACAAGAACUGCACAAGGGGGCCUCAAUGGGCCACGGAAAGAAAACUCGGAUCGGUUGUCUUGUAUUGUUUCAUAUCUGCUUCAUACUCAUAAACAUUCUAUGGUUGGCUGCAAAUGUCGUACACAGCAAUGCGCCUACAAAAUCUCCAAAAAAUCGACCCAACUUCGUAGAACCUAAAGAUGCGCCCAUCGAAUGGAAGGCAAUAAGGUGGAAUCUGCCAGCGGGUAAACGGUCCAAUUUUACAAGCUUCGAUCGUGAGGUCGCAGAUGCUGCUUGGAAGACACGAGACAUUGGCCCUAACCAGGGUUGGCUAAAGGUAUCCAAAGAGGAUCUUGACGCGAUGGGAGAAAGUUCGGUAGAGUUCAAUGACGGUUCCGGAUAUUUAAUGUAUAUGGACGUGUUCCAUCAGCUCCACUGUCUUAAUUAUCUGCGGAAAAAGCUGGAUCCAUGGAAGGCGGAUUACUUGUCCGUUCCCUCUGACGGGAACUUCCCCGAGAGGUAUCAUACCGCUCACUGUAUUGACUCUAUUCGUAUGUCUCUCGAAUGCCAUGGAGAUCUCUCCUUGGUUCCACAGCGAUGGGCGGAUGGCUGGGGAGAGCCAUGGCCAGUGGUUGAGAGCCUACAUGUAUGUCGUGAUUAUGACAGGAUUCAAAAAUGGGCCCACUCAAGGCAGCCGAAAGUUGCGGGAUUGCUGGUUCACCCUACUCUAGGCACUGUAGUUACAGGACAUCUCAACUCUUCCGCGUUGCCUGUUUACUGGGAGGAUCACGACGAGAUAUAG